GCACGGGUGAGGUGAAGGAGGGCUUCCUUUGCCCGCUUUGCUUCAAGGACUUGCAGUCAUUCUACCAACUCCAAGAGCACUAUGAAGACGAGCAUUCUGGGGAGGGCCGCCACGUUCGAGGACAGCUGAAAAGGUCAUGGCUGAGCUGGAGCCUAUCCCAGCAGGCAGACGACAACCAGUACCGGGCGCAGAGCACAUAAUAAAGACAGACGACCGUUCACGCCGUCACCGAGUGGGAAGUGAACCCACGGUGCCUGCCUGCACCCAUGUCAGGCCAAUGGACCGCUGCACCAUCAGUGAUCCUAAAUAAACGAAACGUAGGCGGAGUUCAGGGCGCCAGCACGCUCGGGUAGUGGUGAGCCCGUCUGCCUUACAGUCGAGAGGUCCUGGGUUUGAGUCUCUGCCCAGGCCCCUGUCCUGUGUGGAGUUAUUUAACCAGCAAAUGUAAUUGUGUAAUACAUUCCUUGUGUUUCUUGUAGCAUACGUGGCCAACAACGCUGAUUCAGAUAAAUCAAGGUGGCACCGUGUGUUGGCACAUCCACCUCACAGGUUCUAAGGUUUGGUCCAGAAGGCAAAGAAAGCCAAAGACAAGCUUUUGAAGAGGGAUGGAGACGACAGACCAGAUGCUGGCAGUUAUGAGUCCUUCUACUACGGCGGAGUCGACCCGUAUAUGUGGGAGCCUCAGGAGCUGGGAGCAACAAGAAGUCACUUGGACCUGUUUAAGAAGCAGCGUGCCGCCAGGAUUGAUCACUAUGUCAUCGAGGUGAACAAGCUCAUCAUCAGACUGGAAAAGCUGACAUCCUUCGACAGGACCAACUCUGACGCAGCCAAAAUCCGAGCCAUCGAGAAGUCGGUCGUGUCCUGGGUGAACGACUCCGACGUCCCUUUCUGUCCCGACUGCGGAAGCAAGUUCAACAUUCGGAACCGACGGCACCACUGCCGUCUCUGUGGCUCCAUCAUGUGCAGGAAGUGCAUGGACUUUGUCCCCUUGCCACUUGCUCAAAAGCUCAUCAAUGGGACGCGUGAGGCUCUGAGUGUGCCUGGUAGCCGCAGUCAGUCCCAGUCUCCCGGCGGGAUGGGUUCCAGGAGAGGCAGCCUGAGCAGCCUGAGCAGCGUCACCUCCAUGCUGGACGAGAAGGACGACGAGAAGAUUCGCUGCUGUCGUCACUGUAUGGACACGCUGUUGAAGAGGCAGCACAAGUUGGAGGAGAGAGAUUUUGUGCCUGAUAUAGUCAAGCUUUACGAGAGGCUGAGAAAGUGCAUGGAGAAGGUGGAUGAAAAGGCCCCAGAAUACAUCAGGAUGGCCGAGUCGCUCAACGCCGGAGAGACGACGUACAAUCUUGACACAGCGGGUGGACUUAGACUGGAAGUCCAGAAAUACUAUGAACUAAUUGAUGCUCUAAGCAAGAAGAUUCUGACUUUGGGAAUGAAAGACGAGCCACAGCCGCAUCCAAAAGUGCUCCAGCUGCAGAGGAUGGUGCGCUAUACAGCUACGCUUUUUGUCCAGGAGAAGCUGCUCGGGCUCAUGUCCUUACCAACUAAGGACAAAUAUGAAGAGCUGAAAGAAAAGAGAAAACAGGAACAAGAGAGGAGACUACAACAAGAGCGACUGGCAGCUCAGGAGUCCGAGAGGAAGCGUUCACCCGCCGGCACCAAUGGAGAGCUGCCGCAGGGCCCCCGAGCACCUCGCGUGACCAAAGCCGGAGGCUGGCUGCCAUCCUCUGACCCCGGCCGUGCACGCGGCGACGCGCUCGAGGACCCCCUCCUGCAGCAGAUCGACAACAUCCGCUCGUUCCUCCGGCAGGCGCGCGAGGCCCACAGGACGGACGAGGUGGCGAUGCUCGAGGAGAAUUUGCGUCAGCUGCAGGAUGAGUACGACAGGCAGCAGACCGGCCUGGCCAUCGCGCUCUCACAGAAGCUGCAGGAGGAGGAGAACUUGCGACGGGAUGAGCUGCGCCACCUGGAGGCCCGGGAGAUGGAGGAGAGCGAGCGAAGGGUUCCCGCUGGGCCGGCCUUCGCCUGGGAGGCCACUUUGGAGAAUAGCCGUCCUGAAAGUCGUUUUCAGGAAGAGGCCUGCACAGAAGAGGAUUUAACCCCAAAAGAUGAAAGCUCUGUUAAGAACCAGGAUGAGGAGUCCCCUGCGAGGCUCAGAAGCUUAGGCCAUCUUACGCCCCCUAGCGGAAAUGGAGACAAAAACCCUUUCCUCGAAGAAGGCUCGACUCCCACCAAGGAGGAUCCGUCUAAUCCCUUCUCUGAGGACAUCAAGAGGGAGCACAGAGAAGUGACCAACGGAAAGAAAGAAUACUACAACCCUUUUGAAGAGGAGGAGGAGGAGGACACGCAGGCUGACCGUGUUCCUGGCAACCCCUUCGAGGAGGAGGCAGACGACGCCGACACGGACAGCGGUAACUGCGGUAACCCCUUCACGGAGGAUUCCAAAGCUGGCCCCUCCACCAAUCCCUUUGACUGCGACGACGACAACGUGGACUUGAUAGAGGAAGAACUGUUGCUGCAGCAGAUAGACAACAUCCGGGCCUACAUUUUCGACGCCAAGCUCAGCGGUCGGCCGGACGAAGUGGCGCUGCUAUCGGAAAACCUGAGAGAGCUACAGCGCACCCUACAGGAGCAGAAAAGGAACAAGCAGUGAAGUGGCCUCUUCAAGCAUAUAUCCAAUAUCCUUGACAUCCAGCUUAAGAUCAAUGUACUAGUAUGUUCUUUGUCGCUAGUAAGACAAUUCAGCGCACUAGUAGAACCACCGUGUAUUGUUGUUCGACUAGUAUGCCAAAGUUGUCCUACGAGUGUUCAGAAAUGUCAUAAGGAAACUUGUAAAAGACAAUUGUUCCACUAGUGCACUGAAUUGUCUUACAGGCUGAAAGCACAACAGCUGGAUCGACCACUCUCGUUCAUAUCCAGCUUAACGUCGUCCUUGUAAGCCGAAAGUACUUGCAUUGCGAGAAAGAAACUGGUUCUACUAGUUCGCUGAACUUUACUAGUGAGGAAAAAAGAGCGUAGUAGGUGAAGCUGCUAGCUAUCAAGAUUAGGGCCCAGCCGAUUUAAUUGGCCAAUAGGAGCCCCGUUCAAAUCGGCCAAAAUUGGUAAAAAAAAUAAAUAAAUAAAUAUAUAUAUAUAUAUAUAUAUUUUUUUUUUUUUUACAAUAUAAGAGAAAUAUGACAUUCAAACAAACAGAAAAAAAUCUGCAAAGAAAAAAGUUGUGAAUUAAAUACUAAAGGAGAAAGUCUUGUAAAGCAGUAAAAGGUUCUGCCUGUAUUUCAAAUCUUUAUUAUUGUAAACAUUAAGGGACCAAAAACGUUUUACUUUAUUCAUAAUGUACUUUUUAAAUGCUUCGGCUAUCGGAAUUUUAUUCUGACAAAUAUCAGUAUGGUCAGUUGGGCCCUAAUCAAGGAUAUGGAAUAAAUGCUCUGACGGCAUUCCGUAGGCCAGCAGCACGACAACGGAUCGAGCGCUCUCCAUGUCUUGCGGCUUUCCCUUGUUGAAAUUACGUUUAUGAACAGGAAAAAUCAAAUGAUGCCACAAUAUUAGAUAUUUGCACAGUUAUGAACAAGUUUGAAGAGCACAGUUGGAAGAAGGACACGAAAGAGUUUGGUAUAAAGAUUUACCCGCACGGCGAGAAGCGACGGGCGUCCGCUCCCCGCCGCUUCUUCUGUGCGACGUGGGGGAGUUAAAGACGCAAUGCGCACGACGACGCCUUUCAUGUGGAACUGGGAUGGCGAUGGGUUGCAGGGGGUCAUCCGAGCUGAAGAUCCGAGACAAGUGCAGCAGCCACCAGAAUGUGAUUGGCUCUGCAGUCGAAACUAUGAGUUGCUUUGAACAAAAGGUGAGGGAUGUCAAAACAUGACGCCGGUUUGCCAAGUCAAUGGUUGGGGGGGGGGGGGGGGGGGGGGGGAGAGUAUUUGUAUCCUUCACGGCCGGUGCUGCUAUUAAUCCAAGUGUGUACUCCUGCUUUUGGACACUUGACCUCAAGAUGUUCAAUGAGCAGUAAAGAAAAUGUGGGUCAAUAUCACUAUGAUGUGCCUUUGGGGAAAAUCUCAUUUGUACAAAAUGUCAUUUUGGCUCAUGGUUCACGAUCAACAAUAUUUUUACAUUCUUUUACUCUACCCGCGAAGUUAUUGGAUAAAACGAGUCAUUCGGUUUCGAUCGUGUAUUCGGUUUUCAUGGUCAUGUUGAACAUUUCACUUAUCGUGGGGUCAGGCGGAAACCUCGCACCCUCAAAACCACCACCAAAACAGCAUGUUUGUUGAGCCAUUAAAAUUGGGGCAUCGUUAAAGAGAGCAAAUUGUUUUCAACACUUUAUAUUGGUCAGUCAUUUGUAAAAAUAGCAGACCCACGUGGGGACUGACCAAUAAUAUUGAUUUGUGAAAAAAUAUGAAAUUGACCAAAUUUGGACAUAGGUUUUGGUCCAAUGGCAGUGGUAUGUCCCUGAAAUUGCUGUCCACCCUGUCGUCAUGGGGUAAACUUAACGAAAUCCUCUGAACUGAAUCGUGUUGCUAAGUGAAGGUCAACCAUGUGCUCUUCAAAUGCUAACGAGAGCCAAAAAUGUCCACCCUGUCAGCAAGCUCGCAUAUUUUGCAGUCUGGUUGCGGUUAAUAUUUUAAAAAAUAUAUAUAUACGAGCGCUUGACCAAUGUGCAUUUCGAACAGCAUAUCAUCAACUUAAAUUCAAUGGAAAAUCUGGGGGGUGAAAUGGGGAAUUCUCAAAGGCACCUUAUGCUGAUAUUGACUUGUGAAUGGAUGCAUGUAUUAACAUCUGCCAGUGUAUUUUUCUUGUUUCGUGCUUGUGGGUGCGUGCGUAAAAUAUGAAGUGAUGACGACCCUGCAGCUAACACUGGCGCACGUGUACACUACUUGCUGCUUUCUGAACUGACGCAUGCACACAAAAUGAAUGCCAGAAAGUAUUAUCACUGACUCACUAAAUGUUUUCUAGCCCUGCAAACAACUCGCAGAGCCUCUUCAACUGCUAACACUUGUGUAGGGUAUUACUGUUUGAUAUAUUGGAGAAUGACAACAUUUCGGACAGUUUAUUAACAUGUGCGCACAAGGAAACAAAUUAAAUGAUUUCAUUUUAAUGUGUGAA